AUGAGCAGUGCUGCUUAUUUGUAACCUUCGUUUAUGACUGGAUGCCUAUGAUAUAGAUGGAGUAUGAUGGACGCGCAACCGAGGUUGAGCUCUUACAGCAGCGAGUAAAUGAGCUUACGUGGUUGCUAAAUGAGCGUCAAAAGAAUGCGAAUCUCGAACUAGGAUCCGUGGAAUAUGAGCUGGAGCAGUAUAAGGAAGCACAUGCCAAGGUCUGUGCCGACUAUGAAGCCAAACUCGGAGCAGCCGUUAAAGAGAAUGAAUGUUUGCAGCAUCAGUUGGCUGAAGCUCAAAACAGUCUGGAAAGCUACAGGCUGACGGUUCGUGACAAAACGGAACGCCUCAAACAAUUGGAAUCUUACUUAGCCCAACUGCCUACGACCGAAGAACACAGUGAAAUGGCCAAACAGCUCUCUGUGGCACAACAACGUACCACCGACUUGGAAAAACAGACCGAUAAAACCAAGGACGAGUUAGAGCGGUUGGAAUCACGUUUAGCUGAGACGAUGGCCAAACUAAGACGCAGUCAUGAGCGGGAAGAACUUUUACAGACUCAGCUGGAUUGCGCAAUGCAGCGACUUCAAAUCAAGACACCUUCCAAUGGUGGUAACCCGUCAGUCGAUCUGGGGCUCAAGUCCACUCGUGUCACACCAGAAUUCGUGGAGGAUUUGAGAUUCGAAGUGGACCGCUAUAGGACUGCAUUUGAACAAGCCAAGAAGCUUCUCGAGGCUGAAACACACCGGGCCGAAGGGCUUGCAGCGCGACAGAAGAUGGAGAAACGACAGUUUGAGGAGCAACUGGCCCGUGAGGAGGCUACAGUUGCCGGAUUGAAAGCAACCUUAUCCAGUCGCAAAUCUGAGAUAAACCAGCUGAAGGAGUACAUUAGCAAACUGAACGCAGAAAAGCAAGAUCUCCUCGAUCGUUUGCUUUGCACGCACUCCAGCCUCUCCAAGGCGGUCGAAGCAUGGCGCUCCACCGGUGGACGCAGGCGCAUACGCUUUCUGCAUGACCUCAAGGCGAGUGUCCGUGAAGCGGUCUGUCUGUCGGACCACCUGUGUCGACUGGCUUCCGGUGAGAAAUUGGAUUUGUCCUCAUUGCUUUUUCAACCGCAAACACCAGCCGACUGUUAUCCUUCACUACGCGAAAACGAGGAGACAAAGUUAUCUCCCACGGAUCGCAAACCCUCAGAGUGCAACAAGGACCUACCUACCAAUCCAUGUUUGUUGCCGACUAUUGAUAUCGACUUUGACGAUAGUCUGGCAGAUGAGGACAUCCACUGUGUACAGGACGCCAAGCAGACGCUAAUUGGAUUGCGACAAAAAUUGGCCGAUCGGUAUGCAGACCAUCUAGGCGGAAAAAUAGACUGUUCAGUACAGUGACCCACCAUUCUCCUACCCCCCCCCCCUCACGAUGAUCUGUACAUAAAACACUCCUUCAUUGUAUUUUGUUCAUUGUCUUCUUUGAAUACUUCAAAACAAAGUCCGUGA